GGUUCGCAGCGCAAAACAGAGCAGAUCAGUUGAGAUCGUCAGGGCCCCUUUGACGUUUUGUUGCUGCUUAUUGUUGAUUCAGUUUAAGAAGCUACGUGAACGCGCCGCGAAAGUGACCGCGGAUGCGCCGGUGACGAUCGGUCUUUAGUACUGUAAGAGCAGUCAGUGUCUUGUGAAUUUUUUAGCGUAACGGAAUUCGUUAGAAUCGAUUGUGUAAUUGUUUUUAUUUUCAAUUGUUGUGCAUGCAUACAUACCUAUUUACAUAUAUAUAGUGUAUAUACAUACACAUAUAUGCGAGCAGUUAACGAGUAAAUGCGAAUAGCAGUAUUAUUUUUACCAAGAAUAAGUGAUAAACCCACUUACAUCGAUAUAUUAUAUAAAAAAGUGUGUAAUAGACUGUUCGUGGCAGGAUAUAGACAACAGCUGUUCAACAGACGAAAAUGUUUCGCUGCACGAGGAAGCGUUUGAAAGUCACGCUAUUCGUAUUUAAUGCGAUCUGUGCUAUCAUGGGUGUAAUACUAAUGUGGUUCGGAGCUUGGCUACAUAGCAAUAUUGGAGAAAUAGAUGUGGAUAACAGUGAAACCCUGGUCGCUACCGUUAUUGUACUUCUGGGCGCAGUGUUAUUGGUGAUGGCGGUCUUUGGCUGUGCUGCAACCUACAUGGAGUCCAAAAGCAUGUUGAUAAGUUAUGCUGUGAUUUUAGUUAUUUUGCUGGUCAUACAAAUAUUCCUCGUGAGCAUCAGCUACACGGCGGCAAGCGGCAGUCUCUCAAGUGGCCUGCAAAGAGGUUUCGACGAACUCUGGGAUAAACGGAAUUCGAACAAAAACACAACACUGUCUUUUUAUGAAGAGUGGCUCCAGUGCUGCGGCAAGAGCAGCGCCAAUGACUAUUUUCUCAUGGACAAAGUUCCGCCRCCCAGCUGCUGUCGCUACCAGGACUGUACGAACGUUCUAAAUCUCUAUGUGGUUGGUUGUGAGAAGAAAUUUGGCGAAUAUUUGACUGAGAAGACGAGCAGCUUCAACACUAUUAGUUGGUGUUUGAUUAUCACGGAGUUAAUUGGCUCGGUGUUCGCUUGCAUUUUGCUUGAUAGCAUCCGAGAUUAUCGCGAUCGCAUUCGUUUCUACAAUUAAGGAGUGCGUAGAGUUAGACACAAAAUGCAAAUACCUCGUUACUUUGUACUGCAUAGUAUUGUUACACACACAUACAUAUAUACAUAUGUUGAAUUGAUAUAUUAUUAAUAUAAAUUAGGAAGAAUAUUGUAAAUUAUUAGCUAAUUAUUAUUAUGCCAGCUAAACCUAGCCCUUAAAACAUUUAGUUACAUUA